GCUGUUAAAUUUUACUGAUAAAUUGUUGUUGCUAUCACAUACAUAACAAAUAUGCUUAUAAGGCACACAUGGCUGGCGUUAUCUUGCGCUUUACUACUUUGCUUGGAUCUGAGUGCGGCGCUCAUACGCGAAGAGGAUGCUGCAGCAGAAUCCAACACAGAGAUUGAGUCCUCCAGUGAUGCAAAAGACGAACAUAAUGUACAAGUUACCGAGAAUCGUUUGGCCGCGCAGCUCUUCGCCAUACUCGAGCACUACAAACAGGAGGAUCCAGUGGGUUUUCCCGGUGCGCCUAUACCAGAUCCCAUGGAAGUGCCGGAUAUGCGUAAAAGUAUCGGUAUGGGUACGUUGAGUAUGAUGAAGGUGAAGGCGUAUGGAUUAUCGAAAUUUCGCAUUGACUCGAUAAAAGCGGAUCUCAAGGAAAUGAAGGUCGAAGCCGGCAUACAACUGGACAAGAUGGACGUGCGUGGUUUGUACACACUGAGCGCACUGUUUACACGCGCUAAUGGCCCCUUCACAGUUGUGCUUAAGAAUGUCUAUGUGAAGGCGAAUGCAGCACUCGCGGUAGAGAGGGAUGGCCAACUAACUACGGAACGCAUAAAAAUGGAUAUCACAUUCGGUGAUAUGUCUAUGGACUUCCAGAACUUGGGUUUAGUGGGCAAUCUAUUUCAAAGCGUUGUGAACUCAGCGCCCACGCUCGUCUUCGAUGCCAUGAAACCGUUCAUGCUGCAGGAAGCGGAUAAGAAGUUGCGCGAAGAGAUCAAUGGGAAUCUUGAAAAAUUUGUAGGUGACCGCCGACUGCCCAAUUCGAUAUCACCGCUAGAUAUGGCCAUAGCCGAGGGUCGUAAGAAAGUACGCAGUAUGGGUUACGAUCCAUAUCACUUGCCCGAUUACAAUCGCACGGCAGGCAUAUUCACCUUUCAACUGGUGAAUUCUUGGAUUUGGGGCGUGUCGAGUUUCUACCGUGUGGGCGAUAUGUCAGUGGCCAUGCAAAAUAAUACAAUUAAAUUGCAUUUCCAUGUGGGCACACAGGAGAUUGCCGGCGAGAGUCAUUGGGAGAUUGAUUUUGGUCUGGCUUCGCGUACAGGCGUAUUCAAAUUUUCCGUGCAAUAUAUACGUUUAACAGUGGAUCUGAGUCAAUCGCUGGACACACGUAAGCGUCCACAAAUCAAUGAUCUACAAAUCGAUUUGGGUAAUAUACAAGUACGCAGCGAUGGUGCCGGCACUUUGGAUUAUAUCGCAGAAGCUGCUAUCAAUAUUUUACCCAACCUGUUGCGCUAUCAAAUUAUGGAUGUGCUGGAGAAUCCGGUGAAGAUGCGUAUACAGGAGAAAUUCGAUUCAAUUGAUGUGGAGAAGGCAAUCAAGGAAAACUUUGAAAAGUUCCAAACUAUGGGUGAUGACUUUUCGUUUGAUUUUAAACUGUAAAAAUCGGUCAAUACAGAAUGAACGAAUUUGUAUAAAGUUAUAUGUACAUAUAUAUGUAAAAUUCUACUCUAAAAUAAAUUUCGAUUUUUAAUAAUAAUAAAAA